AUGCUCUCGCCCCAGGAGGUCGCCAAUACAUUCGUGCUCUACGUGCCGACGUACUACGUCUCUUUCCAGUGUGUCGCCUCGUUGCUGCCGGAUGAAAUACGCGAGGAGAUCGCGGGCCGCGGCCGCCUCAUCAACUUUUUCAAGCGCUUUCCCUUUGUCUUUGACGUCGUCGUCGUCGAUUCCGGUCGCAUCAACGUGCGACUGCACCCCGACCUGAUCCACCCGCAGCGCGGCGUAGCGGAUGAUAGGUACACGAUGUCAGACGUUGGCCAGACGACGAGCUACGUAGCGAAGCCAGAGUUCAUCGUCUGCGCCGAGAACAUCGAGUCCAAUGGCAUGCAGCGUGUGUUCAUCACACCACCUGCCCCGCCGCCGGCAAUGCGCGUGCGGCUGGAGGAGCGAGUGACAGUCGUGGAUCGCUUACGCAGUCUCGUGCCGGCGGAGUUCACCGCCAUUGAUGCAUUGGAGGAGAGCAUUCCGGAAGACAUUUUGUUUCACCCUUACUUCAACUGCCAAGGCGGCCUGCUCUCCAUUGCCGGCAAGAUGCCAGAGGAGUUCCAGGUCGUCCAUGGACGCAUCCGGCGCCGGCCACCUCACCUUGCCCCUCUGGCGCUCGACGAGUUUACGGUGGACACCUCCCCCCUUCCAGAGGUAGCAGCGCUUAUCAAGCGGACUGUCUGCGACAGCGACAUCCCUCACUGGGUGAGCAUCACCCCGCUGUAUGAGCAGCUCACCCGCGCACAGAGGCAGGAGAUCAAGCGGCGAUUCCGCAGCUUUGCUGGUUUUCUGCGUGCUCACGGCCGGUCACUUGCGGUGUCGACGGACAUGCUGCAGGUAUCCAUGUGGAUUUGUGUGUCACCGCUGCCGCUGCCAAUCUCCACCUCCACUAACACCACCACCGCAGGCGCGGAAGCUAAGACGGCCACCGCGAGAGAUUCCAGUGCUGCAUCCCUCUCACCAACGUCGUCGUCGUCAGAGCAAGGGGCACCAUCAGAGCCACCUUUUUCGGCAGCGGCAGCGUCGUCGGGUGCGACUGGUGCGCCACCAACACCCACCGUGUGCACACGAGAGCAAAUUCUGAACACCUUGUACGAUCGAUUUCCGCCGUACCAGACGCUCAACCUGCGCGAUGCGAUGCAGCUUCUUCCUGUUGAGAUGCGCGCCUCCUGCCUUCCCACCAAGAUCGCGCCGUGGCUCGCCACCCACCCUCACUACUUCUCCGUCGAUUUCAUGGAGGAAGAGGACCCCACUAAGGUGCUGAUCCGCCGUGCCUCAGCGCGGCAGCCGCUGGACCUCGUCGCCGCUCUCUACACCAAAAUCCCUGAGAAGAAUACGCCGUACCCAUCAGCGCAGCUGUUACAGCAGCUGGAUCCGUCGGUGCGUCGCGCCAUUGGAUGCAUCGGGCUUGCUCAGCUAGGGCGCGUGCUGCCACAGUGGCUGCAGAUCGAAAAGUGCCGAGGCGGUGGACGCGCCGUGGUGGGUGGAGCGCCACAGCAUGAGGAGUUCACCAUUCGGCGGCUGCAGGAUAUGGACGCACUCGAGGAGGCUCGGCGGCGCGGCGUCAAAAGCAAGAAGAGAAAAGAGGCGGUGGAUAUCGACGCUGGUGUGGCGGAGCUGGUGGAGUCGAUGAACAGGACUUGA